ACACUGAUAAUAGCCCGCCACCCCAAAUGCUCCUGCUGGGUGCCGUUCGAUUGCUCUCAUUAUGGCGUCUAGGAUAAUAUCACCGGCGGCCAUGCGCCGUUCGCUCGUUCCCUCGUCAACCGCCCUCCGAUUCGCAACCAGAUCUGCCGCUGCUUGCACUGUCCGAAGAAAUGUCCUCUCCGCCUACCGGCCCGCCCUGCGCGUUGCAGGCCAGCGACGAGCCAUCUCGAGCACCGCGCGCACCAGGCUCGCAGCCGUCGACGACUCCUUCGACCCUACCGAGGUCGAGCGCGAAAGCGACCAGGUCGAUGUCUGUAUAGUGGGUGGCGGGCCGGCAGGUCUCAGCGCUGCCAUUCGGCUGAAGCAAUUAGCCAACGACGCGGGCAACGAAGACUUCCGCGUCCUGUUGCUGGAGAAGGCUGGCGAGAUGGGGGACCACAUCGUCUCAGGCAACGUGCUGGAGCCGUCUGCGAUCAACGAUCUGAUACCAGACUGGAUCUCGGAAGACAACCCCAACCGCUUUGCAAACGCCACCCCCGCCGGAAGGGAGUCGAUGCGGUUCCUCCUCAAGAACACAUCUGUCUGGUUGCCGGUGCCGCCACAAAUGCACAACAAGGGCAACUACAUUGUGAGCCUGAAUCAGUUCGUCAAGUGGUUAGCCGAGCGUGCAGAGGAACUUGGCGUGGAGAUAUACCCCGGAUUCUCGGCGUCUGAGGUCCUAUACCACCCGGAUGGAUCUGUCAAGGGUGUGGCGACAAAUGACAUGGGUGUCGGGCGUGACUAUAAGCCCAAGGACACAUUUGAGCGCGGCAUGGAGUUCCAUGCCAAGUGCACUCUCAUGGCCGAGGGGUGCCACGGCAGUUUGACGAAGCAGAUUAUCAGGAAGUUUGAUUUGCGGCGCGACUCGCAACACCAAACCUACGGGCUAGGCGUUAAAGAGAUUUGGGAAAUCGACCCGGCGAAGUUCGAGUCUGGUUUCAUCGCACACUCCCUGGGAUGGCCUUUGUCCAAGGACACCUAUGGUGGCGGUUGGAUGUACCACUUCGGCGACAACCUGGUCAGCAUCGGCUUGGUGGUUGGUCUGGACUACCCUAACCCUUGGACAUCGCCCUUUGGCGAGUUCCAGAGGAUGAAGCACCAUCCGUUCUAUAAGAAGUACCUUGAAGGCGGCAAGUGCAUUUCAUACGGUGCCCGCACGUUGAAUGAAGGCGGAUUCCAGUCGAUACCCAAGUGCGCUUUCCCUGGCGGAGCCCUGAUCGGCGACACAGCCGGCUUCCUCAACCUGCCUAAGAUCAAGGGCACGCAUUCGGCUAUGCGGUCAGGCAUGCUUGCGGCAGAAGCAGCUUUCGACGCCCUCAAGACUAACACCGACAAUGAAAGCAGCAUCUUCCUCUACGACUACGAGGACAAACUGCGCAAGUCGAGCAUUUGGCGCGAGCUCAAGGAAGUGCGGAACAUGCGGCCAUCAUUCCACACGCCGCUGGGCCUGUACGGCGGCGUGAUGUACUCCGGUUUGGCAGCCUUCUUGCUGAAGGGCAAGGAGCCGUGGACUUUCAAGCACGGUGCACCAGACCACGCGGCGACGCGCGAGGCCGCCUCAUGCCCGAAGAUCGAGUACCCCAAGCCGGACGGCAAGAUCAGUUUUGACAUCCUGACGAGCGUAAGCCGCUCGGGCACCAACCACGAGGAGGACCAGCCCGUGCACUUGCAGGUCAGGGACUGGGACUUGCACGCCAAGAAGCACUGGCCGCGCUUCCAGGGCGUCGAGAACCGCUUCUGCCCUGCGGGCGUGUAUGAGUAUGUUGAGGACGAGUCGAAGGACCUGGGCGUGCGCUUCCAGAUUAAUGCACAGAACUGCGUUCACUGCAAGACGUGCGACAUCAAGGUCCCGGGUCAGGACAUUAACUGGGUAUGCCCCACGGGUGGUGACGGACCCAAGUACUACAUGACUUAAGUCUGUUGGGUCCAUCUUUCUUCCUUUCUGCCCGUGUCUUCGUCUCCCGGGUAUCUUGAUAGACGCGUUGUAUGUACAUAACGAAAUCGAUACGUGUACUCUAGUGUCCUUUGAAUGCUUUUUACUGAGUGGAUUUUGCUUCUAUUUGCUCUCCUCUCUAGGAUGUGUGUCGGGUGGCGUGGUUUGAGCGGAACCCGUGUACUAUGCUCUGGUUUGCUGCUGCGUUCGUCAUAUUCUUGGUGGUAGUGAUUAGGUGCGCUGGCUAGGUAGUAAAAAGCUAUGGCUACUGGACUUUGCAGUUACUUGUUUAUCUCUGUAUAUACAUACGUGGAUAAAAACACGCCAUAUGUUCAAGCCG